UUAAACCCAAACCAACCCCUUCAAUAAUCCUUUCCCACUUUCUAUAUAUACCUUCUUCACCUUUUCCUUGCAACCUUAAUUUCUCCUCUUCAUCUCUCUGUCUUCCUCUCCUCAAUCUUAGCCUUGUGCCCAAAGAAAAUUUUUGUGUUGCUUAAAAUUACCAUUUUCGGGUUGGGGUAAGCCACUGUGUUCAUGUGACUAUUAUUGAAGUGAAAAGGAAAAGAAAUGAGUUGCAACGGGUGCAGAGUCUUACGCAAAGGGUGCAGCGAAACCUGUAUUCUACGGCCAUGUUUACAAUGGAUCGAGAGCCCUGAAGCACAAGGCCACGCUACUGUCUUCGUCGCAAAAUUCUUUGGCCGUGCCGGCCUCAUGUCUUUUAUCUCUGCUGUACCUGAAAGCCAGCGCCCUGCUUUGUUUCAAUCUUUGUUAUUUGAAGCCUGCGGUAGAACAGUUAAUCCUGUAAACGGCGCCGUAGGUUUACUUUGGACUGGUAACUGGCAUGUUUGUCAAGCCGCUGUAGAAACCGUGUUACGCGGCGGCAUGCUACGGCCGUUGCCUGAAUUACUCUCCGGCGAAGAAGGAUCUCGGUCUCCGACGUCCGAUGAAGGGUCGGAAGCGGAAGGGACUUGUACGGACAUGUGGAAUUUGCAGGUUCCGAAUCCUCAUUCCCGAUUCUCUAAUUCGAGAUCUAAAGUUUCGCCAAAACGAAAAAGAAAUGAUGAACCGGUAACCAUAAAGCGGCAACGGCUACAACUACAGUUCCCUCCAAACGAUCUGGAUCUUCGCCUUACUCCGAAUUUUUCCCCUAAAACUUCGCCGUGUAAACCGGAAGCCCGGCGGUCGGGAACACCGUCGAUGAAUUCGGAGGAGUCGGUGACCACAACGACAACAUGCUCUGAGAUUAUACUGGGAGAUCACCAAUACGGUAAUGGAGGAGAGAGAAAACUGCUCAACCUGUUUGUUUAGACAGAUUAUACAGAGAAGAGAAGAGGAUAAUUUCUCUUUUUGUUUAGUUUUGUGAAUCUGACGUUCACCAUGGAAGGAAGAGAAAAAUAUUAAUUCCUCUUUAGUCCUUUAUAGAUGAUUUUUUGUUACUUUUACCCGGGAUCAGAUUACUUUUCCGGCGAGCUUUUGUAAAUUACCGGUUGAGGAUUUCUCUUUUUACUACUCUUCAAGAGAACAAAUGAAUUUGCCGGUAAUUUUCCUUUUGUUUUUUUUGUUUUAAUUUCUUUUGUGUCAAGUGAUGACUGUAUGACAUGAAUAAUAAAUCAAAUUACUUUCUUCUUUCGAGAAUUA